AAAUGUAAUUUACAUUUUCUUUAUAGAAUUGCCCUGACACGUCGCAAUUUCACCCUUUCGUACGACACUAACAUUCCUCGACAAGUUGGCCUAGCUGGCAGCUCAGCCAUUGUGACAGCAACACUCAAAUGUCUUAUGGCAUUCUUCGAUCUCACUGAUCAAGAUAUGUCGAAAAACCUCCAACCUCAGUUUAUUCUUGAUGUUGAGAAAGACGAACUUCACAUAAAUGCCGGCCUCCAGGACAGAGUGGUGCAAAUACAUGAGGGUUUGGUGUACAUGGAUUUCUCCAAGUCACUGAUGGAAAGACAAGGUCACGGCAACUACAGUCACCUUGAUGUUGCAUUGCCAUCAUUUUUCCUUGCUUACCUCUCCAACCCCAGUGACUCUGGCAGAAUGCACUCCGAUGUGUCAGUACGCUGGAGAAAAGGAGAUUCAGAGGUAAUAGAGGGUAUGCAGAAAUUUGCUGAGCUAACCGAUCUUGCAGCCAAAGCAUUCAAGAUUGCAGACUGGAGUGCACUGGCAUCUCUGAUGAAUGAGAACUUUGACUUAAGAAGGCAGUUAUAUGGUGAUGUAGCUCUUGGUCAAGAAAAUCUUAAAAUGAUUAAUAUUGGCAGAAGUUAUGGUGCUGCUGUUAAGUUUCCAGGUAGUGGAGGAGCAGUUAUUGGCUUCCUUCAGGAUGAGUCUAAAAAGGAGGAAAUGCAACAACAUUACCAAAGGGAAGGUUGUGUAAUUGUGGAUAUUAUUCCCAAGGAGCCGGCAGUAAAGCUACCAUACCUUGACCCUUUUAAAGAACUAAUGUAGGAAACCAGUUUCUGUUUGGUGUAUGAAUAUGCAGCGAGGUCACCUUAAUUGGGCAUUGAUAAAACAUUGUGUAGUUACUAUAAUGCUAUAAUACAGAUGGUUUUAUUGAAGAGGCAGCUUCUAUAUUUGUUUGUAGUAUUACACUUUAGUUGUCAUAUUUUUGUUCUCAGGUUUCAUUUGAAGGUUAAAAUGUGAUUUCGUGUGAAUGGUUAAUUCAAGGAAUUAGAGCUACUCUCCCUUGGAUCAAACCUGAUUACCUCUAAUUGUGAGGAACUAUGACCCCAGUGAGUUUAGUGCUUUCUUGGGAGUGAUAAUAAUACAUUUUUUUCUGAUCAUGAGAAUCUUAUCUGCAUAAGAAUACGUAAGUGCACUCAUGGUGGGCAGCUCAUUGCUUCACCGUUGAUUGUUAUCUACCCCUCAAUGGAGGUUCCUUGAUACUGGUGAGGGGCUCCUAAUCUAAAGAAUUGAACCUAUGCUUCAAUUUUUUGAAUCGAACCUGAAUGCCUUCCAUUCCCCCAGGCACUGAAUGACUCCUAUGGGUUUAGUGCUUCUCCAUAGGAUUGUUAUUUAGAUUUUAUUUAUUGGAUGAGAGUCAGCAUUCACUCCACUGUUUAAUGGACAUUUAAUAUUUUUGUAAGUGUAUUAUAAAUAAAACAUAACCAAUAGU